AACGUCAGAGUGUAAACAAGUUCACUGAGGUCAGCUGAUCCAGAUCUGAGCUGAUCCAUCGGUGGUGUGAGCUCGGGCGGUCAGCAAGCGUCGAGAUGGCAUCUCAGAAGUUACUUAGCAGGGAUCCUCCGGACAUUGAGAAUAUCCUGGCACUGAACCCCAGAAUUUCUCAGCAUGCCACCCUGAAGUCAUCCAAGGUGACCAAAGCUCACAAGAAACACUGGAAGAGGAAUGGAGACAAGGGGUGCAACUCUUGCGGCUCAGCCAACCUGACCAAGAACUUCGACGACAUCAAACACACGACUCUGAGCGAGCGCGGCGCUCUCCGGGAAGCGGCCAGGUGUCUGAAGUGUGCCGACGCCCCCUGUCAGAAGAGCUGUCCAACGCAGCUGGACAUCAAAACCUUCAUCAGCAGCAUCUCAACUAAGAACUACUAUGGAUCCGCCAAGGCUAUUUUCUCGGACAACCCCCUGGGCCUGACGUGUGGUAUGGUCUGCCCCACCAGUGAUCUGUGUGUGGGAGGCUGUAACCUGUUCGCUUCUGAGGAGGGACCAAUUAACAUCGGGGGACUCCAGCAGUUUGCCACGGAGACGUUCAUGGCGAUGAAGAUCCCACAGAUCCGUGAUCCCAGCCUCCCGCUGCUGGACGAUCUACCGGAGAGCUACCAGGCUAAGGUGGCUCUGAUUGGCUGCGGACCUGCCAGUAUCAGCUGUGCUACGUUCCUCGCUCGUCUCGGCUACACGGAUCUAACUAUCUUCGAGAGGGACAAUCAUAUCGGAGGGCUGAGCUCCUCAGAGAUCCCCCAGUUCCGUCUGCCGUACAGUGUGGUGGCAUUUGAAGUGGACCAGAUGAAGGAUUUGGGAGUCAAGAUUGUAUGUGGCAAGGCUUUAGGUGGGGAGGGGGGCUGGACACUGCAGUCUCUGAAGGAAGCAGGGUAUGAAGCUGUCUUCCUUGGAAUAGGUCUUCCCCAGGCAAAGCGAGCGUCCAUGUUCCAGGGUCUGACAGUAGAGCAGGGUUUCUACACUUCUAAGGACUACCUUCCUCUGGUGUCUGCUGCCAGCAAGCCUGGUAUGUGUAGCUGCAAGUCUCAGCUGCCGCAGCUGUCGGGUAACGUGAUCGUGUUGGGAGCGGGUGAUACCGCGUUCGACUGCGCCACGUCUGCCCUGCGCUGCGGGGCGCGGAGAGUUUUCAUUGUGUUCCGUAAAGGCUUCACCACCAUCAGGGCUGUUCCAGAGGAGAUGGAGCUUGCCCGUGAGGAGAAGUGUGAGUUCAUGCCGUUCCACUCGCCCAGGAAGGUUGUGCUGAAGAACGGGCGCAUCGCGGGGAUGGAGUUCUGCCGUACGGAGCAGGCCGAUGACGGGACCUGGCACGUGGACGAGGACCAGGUGGUGAAACUGAAGGCUGAUUACAUCAUCUCCGCUUUUGGGUCCACCCUGUCUGAACCGCAGGUUGUGUCAGCCCUGUCCCCUGUGAAGUUGAACCAGUGGGGGUUACCUGAGGUCGACACUGAGACCAUGCAGACCAGCGAGCCCUGGGUGUUCUGUGGUGGAGACCUGGCCGGGGUGGCACAGACCACUGUGGAGUGUGUCAAUGAUGGCAAACAGGCCUCCUGGCAUCUACACAAGUAUCUACAGUCCUUACAUGGCCUGUUCGUCCCCAGUGAGCCGGCCCUGCCCAAGUUCUACACACCCAUAGACCAGGUGGACCUGAGUGUGGAGGUCUGCGGGAUCAGGUUUCCUAACCCCUUCGGCCUGGCCAGCGCCCCGCCCACCACCAGCGCACCGAUGAUCAGGAGGGCCUUCGAGGUUGGCUGGGGGUUCGCGCUCACCAAAACCUUUGCACUGGACAAGGAUAUUGUGACCAACGUUUCCCCCAGAAUUGUGAAGGGGACGACUUCAGGGUACCACUACGGUCCCGGCCAGGGUUCCUUCCUCAAUAUCGAACUCAUCAGUGAGAAAACAGCAGCCUACUGGUGCCAGACUGUCACAGAGCUCAAGAGGGACUUCCCUGACAAGAUUGUUAUCGCCAGCAUCAUGUGUAGUUAUAACAAGGAUGACUGGAUUGAGCUGGCCCAGAUGGCGGAGAAGGCUGGUUCGGAUGCCCUGGAGCUGAACCUGUCCUGUCCCCACGGGAUGGGGGAGAGGGGCAUGGGGCUGGCCUGCGGGCAGGAUCCUGAGCUGGUGCGUAACAUCUGUCGCUGGGUGAGGUCUGCCAUCAAAAUCCCCUUCUUUGCCAAGAUGACUCCCAACAUCACUGAUGUCACUGUCAUAGCUCAGGCAGCUAAGGAAGGCAUGGCUGACGGAGUGACGGCCACCAACACCGUGUCAGGCCUGAUGGGACUGAAGUCCAACGCACGCGCCUGGCCCGCUGUCGGACAGGAAAUGCGAACAACGUACGGUGGUGUCUCCGGGAACGCUAUCCGUCCCAUCGCCCUCCGCGCCGUGUCCGCCAUUGCCCGCGCUCUGCCGGGAUUCCCCAUCCUGGCUACUGGUGGUAUCGACUCUGCUGAAGCUGGUCUGCAGUUUCUACACUGUGGGGCUUCUGUACUACAGGUGUGCAGUGCCAUACAGAACCAGGACUUCACAGUGGUGGAGGAUUACAUCACCGGGCUGAAGGCCAUGUUGUACCUACAGAGCCUGGACGAUCUGGCGGACUGGGAUGGACAGAGCCCCCCCACCUUCCGCCACCAGAAGGGCAAACCUGUCAAGGUCGCUGACGUCAUCGGAAAGCAUCUACCUUCCUUUGGACCCUACAUGGCCCAGCGCGAGGAAAUCAUCGCCAAGCAUCACGAGACGUCAGAGAUUCUGGCGGAACAGAACAUGCCGCAGCCGCAGCGCCCCGCACGUGUGCCGGACAAACCUGUACCAUCUCUCCAGGAUGUGAUAGGCCGCGCCCUGUCCACCAUCACCAGCUACAGUCAGCUGGACAACAAGCAGCAGGCCGUGGCUCUGAUUGACGAGGAGAUGUGCAUCAACUGUGGCAAAUGUUACAUGACUUGUAACGACUCUGGUUACCAGGCCAUCACCUUCGACGCCGAGACCCAUCUGCCUCACGUCACCGACGACUGUACCGGCUGUACGCUCUGCGUCAGCGUCUGCCCCAUCAUCGACUGCAUCCAGAUGGUUCCGCGCUCCAUCCCGUACAUCCCCAAGCGUGGAAUCCCGCUGGCCAUGGAGCCCCAGGCCCCUUCUCGCCCCAUUCCGACUCACGAUGGCGUGAGGGUGAACUAAACUUGACAACGACGAAAGAACAGUGACGUCAUGAUGCCAAAACGUUUUCCAAAAUUUCUUAACCGAAUCUAUAUUGAUGCAAAAAUUAUUUUCAAAUAUGUACUAUGGUAAGGCCAAAGAUGAUAUGAAUUAUUACAAAAUUUGCCUAAAAUCCUAGACAUACAGACCUAACUUUCCAAUAUAGAAUCAAUGAAUCAGUAUUUUGAAUGUUUAGAAGGAUGAUGUGAUAUUUUUUCCACCUACAAAGAGACUCAGUAUGGACACCUUUACAGAUGUAACAUGUCUUCCAAUAUAGAGUCAAUGGACUAUUUUGAUUAAAGAAUGAAUUUGAAAUUUUUUCACCAACUAAUGAUAUUGGCACCUUUACAUGUAGAUUUUUUUUAUUAAACGUAGAUUGAUACUUUAAAAUUGGUCACAGAUAACAUGGUUAUUAUUAUAAAGUAUUAACUGUAUUGAUUCAAGCACAUUCCACUUUGCACUGACCAAAGAUGUUGCAUAGCUUCUUGCAUUCAAUAAUCACGUAAAUUACAAAAGAUACUAUGGUAUGUGUCAUUAAUUCUACGUUGGCUUAAUUUUGUUGCAUGAUUAUGACCUAAACAUUUGCAAAAUGUAAAUUGCAAUUUUAGUACAAUCUAUUGUGAUUCCAAUUUCUGCUACUUGUCAUGUCAGGAUUGACAAAUUUUCCAAUGUCCAAGUGGGAAAAUGAAAAUUUGCAGAUUGACAAUGCAGUGUAAUCUAUUCCGCAUGUAAAAUUUAUCUGUGAAAAUUGCAAUCAAAUUCCUUAUAAUUGUUUUGUCUUGAUACAUUGACAAGAUAAUUACAUCUGAGUUUGAAACAAUGUAGACUUGGUACCAGUAGUCUGCUUUAACCUAUAGUUGUGUGUUACUUUCUACUUUAAAUUUGUAGAUGGGCCUUUAUGAGGGUCAACUAUGUGAUGUCAACAUUGUCAUGUCAUACAAUUUGUAAACUGAUCCUUCUCGCCACCGAUAGCUUAAUUACAGCGUUGUGUUUUCUUUGACAAUCAACACUUUACAAUGUAUGUCACUUAUUAUACUAAGUAUAAUGAAUGAGUGGCAGAUAUAACAUUUGUUGUCAGUCACCCAAGCUGACAUGAUGUCUAGAGUAUAAAAUUUUUAUGGACACCAUUUGCUGUGUAUCUGGUGAUCUCCAAGCAGAUGUUGGGAUGGAACAUCAAGACAUUUUUUGACAGCCUGUUUUCUCUGACAGUUCCAUAUGUCGAUCCUUCCCCAUCUGCUCGGAGAUGCUUUCCCAUCUAUCUAUUGUCAGCUAUACAAAUGCUUCAAGCCAUUCCUCUGUACUAACAACAUCAAAUUUAUAGCAGUAACACAAUUAGUGUUUUUUUUCCAAUUUGAUAGUUGUUAGAUUCUUCAAAUGAUCUUUAGUUCUGUUUGACUGUUGUACUCAAUAAACACCUUAGACUUGA